AGACAGACGGUAGAAACUAUAGAGAAUAUUUACAUACAUUCCUGUCCUUGAUACCUCCUCCCCUGAUUUAAUAAUAUUGUGUUUCUUAAUCUCUUCGCCUAAAUAGUUUGAUGAUUUUGUUUCGUAUUACAACCCUUGCAUGCAUUGCGAUUAACAAGCUCACGAUAAGAUCUAUAUAUAGGCUUGAGCCUCAUGCAAAAUGAAAUUCAAAUAAAUUUCUAUUAGUUAGAUUAAAUCUAGUGUUAUCACUGUGGCGCGAUCCUUUUAAUCAAAGAUGGCUAUGACAGAGUUUCCAACAGUUGAGAAUUGUUCCUCAGUUGGCCGCGAAAAGGACACAGUUGUUGCAGACUUAGAUGGAACCUUGCUACGAGGUCGUAGUUCAUUUCCUUAUUUUGCCUUGAUUGCAUUUGAGGUUGGAGGAGUUCUCAGGCUUCUGUUUUUGCUCUUAUGUUCACCGCUUGCUGGACUUUUGUACUACUUUUUCUCGGAGUCUGCUGGUAUCCAGGUUCUCAUUUUUGCAACCUUUGUUGGAAUGAAAGUUUCUGACAUAGAGUCCGUGGCACGAGCUGUGCUGCCAAAGUUCUACUCAACUGACCUCCACCCUGAAUCAUAUCGGGUGUACUCAUCGUGUGGAAAACGUUGUGUUCUUACAGCAAAUCCAAGAAUCAUGGUGGAAUCAUUUCUGAAAGGCUUCUUGGAAACUGAUUUAGUUUUAGGAACUGAGAUAGGAACCUUCAAGGGUAGAGCAACCGGAUUUGUUCUCAAACCAGGAGUCCUUGUGGGGGAGAACAAGGCCAAUGCCCUUCGAAAAGCUUUUGGGGAUGCUCAGCCCGAGAUAGGCCUAGGGGACAGGCAUACUGAUUUUCCUUUCAUGGCAUUGUGCAAGGAGGGCUACGUAGUGCCACCGAAGCCAGAGGUUGAGGCCGUGAAAAAUGAAAAGCUCCCCAAGCCGAUCAUCUUCCAUGAUGGUCGUCUAGUCCAAAAACCAACACCCCUAAUGGCACUGAUCACCAUCAUAUGGAUACCAAUAGGCCUAAUCCUUGCCAUUCUGCGAGUUGCUGCAGGAGCAUUACUCCCCAUGCCAAUAGUCUACUACGCAUUCUGGGCACUAGGCGUCCGAGUGACCAUCAAGGGCAAUCCACCCCCUCCUGUCAAAAAGUCCAAUGGAAAAUCCGGAGUCCUCUUCAUCUGCUCCCACAGAACCCUCCUAGACCCCAUAUUCCUCUCCACAGCCCUAGGCCGAAAAAUCCCUGCAGUCACCUACUCCCUCUCCAGGCUCUCCGAGAUCAUCUCCCCAAUCAAAACAGUCCGCCUCACCAGAGACCGUGCCUCAGACGCCUCAAUGAUCAAAAAACUCCUCCAAGAAGGAGACCUAGCCAUCUGCCCUGAAGGAACCACCUGUCGCGAGCCCUUCCUCCUCAGAUUCUCCGCCAUGUUUGCAGAACUCACAGACGAAUUAGUCCCCGUGGCAAUGGAAAACAAGAUGACCAUGUUCCAUGGCACAACAGCCAGAGGGUGGAAAGGCAUGGACACCUUCUACUUCUUCAUGAAUCCUAGCCCGGCCUACGUCGUUACCUUCUUGAACAAGUUACCUAAAGAGCUGACAUGCAGCUCAGGGAAGCCAAGCCAUGAAGUUGCAAACUACAUUCAGAGGGUGAUUGCAGCUACAUUGUCUUAUGAGUGCACCACUUUCACAAGAAAAGAUAAAUACAGAGCAGUUGCAGGGAAUGAUGGCAUAGUGGGAGAUAACAAAUCAGCCAAGGCUAACAAAGUCAAUUAAGCAUCUACUUAUUUUUGUUACAAGUUUCAUAUUUGAAGCCCAAGAGGCUUGAUUUGUAUGGCUACCAAGAAAUUGGUUUUGAAUUCAGAUAAAUAUAGUUACCGUUUGGCUAA